AUGAAUGCGUCACGUUUUUCCUCGCUGGUACUGGCCCACCCCGCUAUACUUUCUUCUCUCCCUUCAUUUCCAUUCCCCGCCCUUCCCAAGCCCACAUUCAAUCUUACCCCAAUUUCCGUUCGUUUUCUUCCCUUCUCCUCUCCACUCAGCCCUUUGCUUCCCUGCUACUUUUCUUCUCCCCUCCCCCCUCCCCCCUCCCCCCUCCCCCCUCCCUCCUCCCCUCCUACAGCACUCGCAUCUCAACCAUCUUCUCACAGCACUCGCAUCUCAACCAUCUUCUCACAUUACUCGCAUCUCAACCAUCUUCUCACAGCACUCGCAUCUCAACCAUCUUCUCACAGCACUCGCAUCUCAACCAUCUUCUCACAGCACUCGCAUCUCAACCAUCUUCUCACAGCACUCCCAUCUCAACCAUCUUCUCUGCAUUGCUUCCCCUUCCCGUUUCACCAAUGCCCAUCUUCCUUCUGCCGCCCCCUCCCUUGUCGCCUCCCAUCGUCCUCCCUCGUCGCCUCCCAUCGUCCUCCCUCGUCGCCUCCCAUCGUCCUCCCUCAUCGCCUCCCAUCGUCCUCCCUCGUCGCCUCCCAUCGUCCUCCCUCGUCGCCUCCCAUCGUCCUCCCUCGUCGCCUCCCAUCGUCCUCCCUCGUCGCCUCCCAUCGUCCUCCCUCGUCGCCUCCCAUCGUCCUCCCUCGUCGCCUCCCAUCGUCCUCCCUCGUCGCCUCCCAUCUUCCUCUGUGCCCCUCUCACCCUUGCCCCCCAACGGCAGGCCACAGCACCACGGCGCACCUGCUGACAUGGACGUUCUAUCUUCUGGCGAAACAUCCCGACUGGCAGGAGCGGCUGAGAGCAGAGCUCAAGCAAGCGCUGACUCAGCAGGGGGCACAGGCCACGUCAGCAGUCCCCACAGCCAGCACAGCAGCAGGAGCAGCGGACGAGGCAGGGUCAGAGGCAGAUGGAGGAAAACAUGAGGAGAGAAGCCAUGGGGAGUCUGGAGGGGAGGGAGCGGGGGGUGGACAGGAGGGAGGAGAGCGAGGGGAAGGCGAGAGAGGAGGAGGGGGGCGAGGGGGAGUUGCGGGGCAAGGAGGAGGGGGGCGGGUGACAUGGGAGGUGGUGGCAGUGCUGAGGGACAUAGGCAUGGUGCUGCAGGAGAGCUUGCGCAUGUUCCCCCCCGUCCCCUUCCUGGGCAGAGGGUUCCGAUUGGCACCGGGGCUGGGGCCGUAUGACGUGCGGCGGGGUGUGAACGUGCUGAUACCAGUCGCCCUGCUGCACUAUGACCCACGCUAUUAG